GGUGGUAGGAGGCCGUGGCUGCGGAGCGGCCGCCCUCGAUCUGGGCGAUGGAGGAGGAAGCAAGCAAGGGGACCGGUUCCUGAGAGCCACGGUUCCGGUGUCGCCUUCUGGUCUCCCAGCCUGCCGGGUUGCAUGAUUCCUUCGCCCGGAGCUGUUUUUGUUGUCAGCCGCCGCGAGGCCGGCUGGGUUACCGGCAUCCCGGUCACCACCUCCUCUCGCGACCUGUGAUACAAAAGAUCCGGGGGCUGCACCUGCCUGCCGCCGCCUGAGACGGAUUUGAAUAACCUUAUCUUGGCUUUGGAUCUCAGAAGGGAACCACUAAGCAGAGACCAGACUCAGUGAGUGAGCAGGUGUUUUGGACAAUGGACUGGUGGACCCCGUCCCUAUUAUAAAAAUGUCUCAGAGCAACCGGGAGCUGGUGGUUGACUUUCUCUCCUACAAGCUUUCCCAGAAAGGAUACAGUUGGAGUCAGUUUAAUGAUGUGGAGAACAGGACUGGGGACUCAGAAGUGACUGAAUCAGAGAUGGAGACCCCCAGUGCCCUCAAUGGCAACCCGUCGUGGCACCUGGCAGACAGCCCUGCAGUGAAUGGAGCUACUGGCCACAGCAGCAGCUUGGAUGCCCGGGAGGUUAUCCCCAUGGCAGCAGUGAAGCAGGCUCUGAAGGAGGCAGGCGAUGAGUUUGAACUGCGGUACCGGAGGGCAUUCAGUGACCUGACAUCCCAGCUCCACAUCACCCCAGGGACAGCAUACCAGAGCUUUGAGCAGGUAGUGAACGAACUCUUCCGGGAUGGGGUGAACUGGGGUCGCAUUGUGGCCUUUUUCUCCUUCGGUGGGGCGCUGUGCGUGGAAAGCGUAGACAAGGAGAUGGAGGUAUUGGUGAGUCGGAUCGCAACUUGGAUGGCUACUUACCUGAAUGACCACCUAGAGCCUUGGAUCCAGGAGAACGGCGGCUGGGACACUUUCGUGGAACUCUAUGGGAACAACGCAGCAGCUGAGAGCCGUAAAGGCCAGGAGCGCUUCAACCGCUGGUUCCUGACGGGCAUGACUGUGGCUGGUGUGGUUCUGCUGGGCUCGCUCUUCAGUCGGAAAUGACCAGACACUGACCACCACUCACCAUCCUGCCCCCACAUCCCUCCAUUCGAUCACCAUUGCCACCAGGAGAACCACUACAUGCAGCCCGUGCCUGCCCACCUACCCACCACAGCGCUGGGCUUCGACCUGGUACCCCGCAGUUAGUCUUCUAGAAUCUGCCACGCUUCUGUGAGAGUCACCUUCCCCCACACCUCAGUUUUCCUGGCCUCAGAAUCCAAGCUUCUCCGUAGAAGCUGGCAGUGUAUGGGGGUGUUGUGGCUGGGGACAAGAGGGCCCUGCCUGAUUUGUGGGACCCUUACCCCUUAGCCUCCCAAGAGUGCUGUCUGCCAAGGAGCUGGAAAGUUUUCUGAACCUCUUCCCCAGAAAGAGACUAGAUUGCCUUUGUUUUGAUGUUUGUGGCCUCGGAUUGAUCAUUUCCCGUUCCCUCCUGGACCUGGGCUUCCCUUCCUUCCAUCUCCAUCCCCUAGAGCCACUUAGGGGCCACUUUUGGCUAAUUAGGGAUUUGGGCUACUUGAGAUAAAGAGGCAAAGACCAGGACCCCCUCCCCACCUCUGGCCUGGCCAUAGCCCCCACCCCCAUCCAAGGUCCUCCACAGACCUCGACUAGAGGCCCGGCCUACACGGGGUGGGGGCUGCCGUCACGACAGGAAGCACCCCGUGCCAGUGCAAGGGUAGCCCUUGCAGUUUAGCACCACCCCCGGUCCCUUCUCCCCUGGCUCCCAUGACCAUGACUGAGGGACCAACUGGACCCGAGACAGGUGCCCCAGAGCUGCGGAAGGCCUCGGCUGCCUCUCUUCCCACAGGGAGAUCAGCCUGCAGCAUCCUUGCCUUGUACCAAUGCCCGUGGGGUCCAGGGGCUCAGGGGCCUCAGCCCAGAGGUGAGGAAGAGCUAUGGGAGCAGCUGUGUGAACCCUAGGGUCUUCCCUACCUCAGGCAGGAGGAACAGGAAGCAGAGCUGUUGCACGGGGUGGAGGGGGCUGGAAGGCCCAGUCCUGCCUGGCCGGGCAGAUCCACACCCCACCCACACUCAGUCUGGGCAGCCGGGCUGCCGAGGCCAGAGUGGCCUGGCCAAGAGCCCUUCAGACCUCCCUCUCUCUCCUCUGCUUCACCCAUGGCCUGUCUCAUCCCUGGGGGUCCCGGCCACCCCGGGCUCUCUGCUGUACAUACUCGAGACUAGUUUUUAUUCCUUGUGAAGAUGAUAAUACUAUUUUUGUUAAGCGUGUCUGUAUUUAUGUGUGAGGAGCUGCUGGCUUGCUGUGCGUGUGCACGUGGAGAGCUGGUGCCCAGAGAUCGGACGGCCUGACGCUCCCUCCCCUGCCCUGGUCCAGGGAAGCCCGCCAGGGGUCCUGGCUCCUGAGGGGCACCUGUCCCUCCCUUCAUCCCCUGCCCCCCACUUGUUCCAGCUCUUUGAAAUAGUCUGUGUGAAGGUGAAAGUGCAGUUCAGUAAUAAACUGUGUUAAACCAG